AUGAAAUCAUUCUCGUUUAUGGCACACGCAAGUGGGCCAAGGAUACGCAGAUUGGAGAAGAAGACAAAGGAUCUUCAAAUUUCCGAGCGUAAUGCAAUCCUUUACGAGACACGAUACAACGACUUGCAGUCGCAGUACAACCAGAUCCAAGCUGAGCGUAAGAAACACCAAGAGCAUGAGCGUGAAAUGGAGAAAGAAGUUGAGCGUUUGAAAGCAUUGCUGGAUGAUGCGCGUAAACACCUGGAAGAGGAGACGCUUCAGCGAAUUGAUCUGGAGAAUAACAUCCAAAGCAUGAAAGAGGAUAUCAGUUUUAAGGACCAGAUAUUCCAGCAGGAGCUGACGGAAACUCGAAGCCGUCGCCAAGUGGAGAUAUCGGAGAUCGACGGUAGACUCGCAGAGCAGUAUGAAGCUAAAUUGCAACAGUCUUUGCAGGAGCUGAGAGAUCAGUAUGAGGCGCAGAUGCGAUCCAACAGAGAAGAAAUUGAGCUUCUUUAUGAAAACAAGAUCAAGAACUUGACCUCACACGCUCAGCGUAAUUCCGGAGCAGCUAGUGUCGCGGUUGAAGAACUUCGCCAGACAAGGACUCGCAUUGAUACUCUCAACCAGCGCAUCACCGAACUUGAGACGCUGAACAACAAUCUUAAUUCGCGUAUUCGGGAAUUGGAGAAUUUGCGUGAGGGUGAGAGAGCUAAGCAUGCCGAGGGUCUGGCUUCUCUUGAAGCAGAGCUUGCACGUAUGCGUGAUGAAAUGGCCCAGCAGCUACAAGAGUACCAGGAUCUUAUGGACAUCAAGGUUGGAUUAGAUUUGGAGAUUGCUGCUUACAGGAAACUGCUAGAGUCUGAAGAAGUUAGGCUCAAUAUAACACCAGCUCAUAGUUCUUCAAUGUCUACCUCCAGUAGAAGCACUCCGUCAAGAUACACUCCGGUUAGAGGAGGAAAACGCAAGAGGACUCUGAUGGAAGAGAGUGAAGAACGCAGCACCAAUGAUUACAGCGUUUCCACUUCAGCACGUGGUGAUAUUGAAAUUGUUGAGGCUGACCCACAAGGUCGCUUUGUCAAGCUUGUUAAUAAAGGCAACAAGGAAGUCUCACUAAGCGGCUGGCAAAUAAUACGUAAGGCAGACUCUCACGAAACAAUUUUCAAGUUUCACCGAACAGCUAAAUUAGAAGGAGGAGCUAAUGUCAUGGUAUGGUCAUCUGAUAUUGGAGCAACCCAUGAACCACCAUCAAAUAUUGAAAUGGCAACUUCUGAACGUAAGAGACAACACCUGUCAACUACAAUGUCAAGACACCGAGAAAUGGGGUUUAGAGAAUCUGAAGACAUGCAUCUACAGGUAAUAUAA